UCUCGACGUUUUUGAGAUGUAUGAUCGAUCGCGUUGCGUUCCGGGUGAAUUUCGGAGUACCGCCAUUGUACGUGAUAGCACAUCAUGCUCCCUCACACCGCGAUCAUGUGCGCGAUAACAAACAAGAGAUAAAUAAUCCGUUUGUACCGACGCGACUCGGAUCGGUAGAUAUAACUACGGAUUUCUCCGGAAAUGUCCGAUAAUUAAAGUACACCGCAAACAUGCGAGAUGCUUUCAUAUGUUCGAUAUAACAUACACGGUUUAUCAGUUUGACGGGUCGAGUACAUCCCUAUGCCUCGGUUAUGUAAUGCCAUUGGGUAACAAUACGCGGACGAGGAAAGUAUCGUUCGACGUGAAAGGCAAAUCGACCGUUCGGACGAGCGUUCCGGAGGAAAAUCAGUUUCUGACGAUAGCAGCAGCUUUGCCGAUUCUGCCGGGUGCACCUGUACCUCCGAAGCUAUCCAAGCGUUCCUACAAUUCAUUCAGUUCCACGGGAACCCAGUUUGAGAUUGGACAUGCAGAGGCUGGGGUAUGCGACGUGGUCACGUUACAGUGGACAGGAGAAACGAGGACGGUCGUGGCAUCGAGAACUCCCGCCGAACGGGAGAGAAAUCCUGACAGGAUAUGCCUGGACAGGCGGGGUCUGACGACGUUUCCCAAGGUGAUCGGGGAACCGAGAUUGAGACUGAUGUCGCUUCAGCACAACCUUCUCACGAGAAUCGAGAGCUCGAACUUUUCCCAGCUGACGAAGCUUGUGUUUCUCGACUUGUACGAUAAUCAGGUGGAGAAAGUAUGCGAGCUCGACCUUCUGGAGAACCUAAGGGUGCUGCUGAUAGGGAAGAACAGAAUAAGAAAGAUUGAGGGUUUGAAGCAGCUUACCAAGCUGGAGGUUUUGGACCUGCAUGGCAAUCAGAUUCAGCAGAUCACCGGCUUGGAGGAUCUGUCGUCGUUGAAAGUACUCAAUUUAGCUGGGAAUAGUAUCAAAACUGUAGGCUGCAAUGAUUUUCAAGGGCUGGCGUCGCUGAAGGAGCUUAAUCUGCGUCGGAAUAAACUGAAGAGGCUGUUGGGAUUCGGUGAGACGCCCCAAUUGCAGAAAUUGUAUCUGAGUAACAAUGACAUUAAUAAAGUCGAGGAUAUGGGUAGCCUUGCGAAAGCCUUGCAGAUUAAAGAAAUCACGAUAGACGGCAAUCCGGUGACUCUGAAUUCCGACUACAUCUCCUUUCUCGUGUCGUACCUGCCAAAUCUUCAGCUCCUGUCGACGAUGCAAAUCAGCGAGCAGAUUCGGAGAACGGCGAUGGCUUGGAGAUUCUCGAAGGAACAGUCCAAUUCGGCGUUCCUCGACCUUAGCACGCAAGUUUGCAUGAACGUACGUAGAGAGGAGGUGAUAUCGAACGCCAAGAUAAAUUGGGAACUUCUCAGAUCCAGGAGCAAGGUCUCCGUUGACAAUUCCACGAAAACGACGAGCAACGGCAGAGGCAGCGGUGUUGACACGCUGCACCAUAUGCAGAAUCCGAAUAAAUUCAACACCGUGAAACCGAAGAGUCUGGACAAGAGCAAGGCGAAAGGCUUCGGCAGUUUAACGUCCAUAAACGAGAACGUGGAGGCGAGGAAGAUACAUAUAAAAAAGCGAAGCAGCUCCAGCGACAAUUUCUUCAAAUUGGAGGAUACGUCAAGAUCGUAUCCUUUGGAAUUCAAGCUGCCACCUAUACUAGGCUCGAUAGUGGACAGUUUAACGAACGACAGGUUCGAGGAGAGGUCAUCGAAAGAUAGCAAGGAAAACACCGGUAAAACGAAAACGCUCAGCGACAUCGAGAGCACGUCGGGUAGCGAUUUCGACAGUUCCGAGAGUCACGAGAGCUUGAAGAGCGGUCUGCGGUGUCACCUGUUUCCUCCCAACAGUUGCGGCUCGUCAUCCGUAGAUUACGACAAGUCCGCUACUGUUUGUAAGAAGGUCGCCACUGCGAAAGAUACGUCGAGUCAGUCGCCGACCAGAACGGACAGUUUGCACGGUGAAGAUAACGGGAAAGCAGGACAAGACAAGACGGCUCUCUCUACACGGAAGCCCUUGAAAUACUGCGACACAGUGACAAGCGAGAACAAAAGCUUGAACAAUAGAUUGCUUCAGAACGUGAGGAUAUUCUAUAACCAAGACGGACAGAGCGACUGUCAAUCGAAAUCAACCGUAAGCUCCUCCGGAUAUUGCUCUCUAAGUUCCAAGGCCAGUAGUUUAGACAGUUGUAAGUCAUUGUUAAGCGAUUCUAGCACUUCGUCGAUGCCUAAGAAUACCGUAGAUCGCAAGCCACCGUACGAUUGUGACAAAGAGAAAAGUAGAAUUAAGAGCGCCCAGGUGAAGAAGGUAGUGUACUACAAGAGCAACAGAGCCGCGACGGCUCGAGCGAAGUUCAAAGCCCUCACUCCGCCGAGUCCGCCUCCGCAACAAGCAACGCCCAAGGAGAGAGAGCAGGGCGGGGAUUAUUUAAUAGAAAUUGUUGGUCGAUGCUUGAAUAUUUACGGUCAAGGCGCCUUGCGCUUUAUAGACAGAACCUGGGACACGUCGAAGGCCCAGGACGUUAACGUCGUGAAAUUCAAUUAUGUACAAUUUAACGACGUGGCGAGGAUUCUGAGCAAACUGAAAAACAGAUUUCCGUACGCGGAACAUUACGUGUUCAAAGAAACCAACAUCAGUCUUCUCGGUCAGCUGAAUGCUUUAGCUGAAGUACAGGGAUUAACUAGCAUACAGAUAGACGCAGGCAAUCCUAUCGUGUCUAAGGAUUGGAAGAUGUAUGCUAUAUUUCGAUUAGCUCACUGGGGACUCACGAUCAUCAACGGCAAGGAGAUAACAGCCGAGGAGGUCGAACUUGCGAACCAAGAAUACGCAGGUCUCAUAGAUAUAGUAACGUGUUCACUGCCAGAUUCUUUAUUGCAACCUUUGUUACAAAGACUUCAUCUGGAAAAAGUGCAAAGACAAAGCGGGGAGCAAAUUACUGCCAAACAAUUCUUAUUCAACUGUGACCUGGCGCUCAGAAGUGUCGUCGCCAAGGAAGCGUUGCAAUGGAGAAAGGGAAGCGUGACGCAGGAAGAUCUCAUUUGGAGACACAAGGGAAAAGUACACUUGCUGAAUCUAAUCAGUCUCACUGUAAGCGCCAUACAGAAGUUACAGAUUCUGGAGAAACAGUGGCCGAGUGUUCUGUACGAAAUCAUUCAUAACACUCUGUCCGAUUUCUCCGAGAUGGAUGCGUACAUGAAACGUUGCAGCAAAACGCUCGAGAGCGACAAGUAACAUCAUUUUAUUCUCUUUUUAUUUACGAUGCGAUGUCAUUAGAGCGUCACGCGGAAGCGUGUCACGUUCGGAUUUGCAGCAUUAACGUGUACGAAAGAGAGAGAGAGAGAGAGAGAGAGAGAGAGAGAGAGAGAGGGGGGGGGGGGGUAAAGUGCAUUUACAACAGGGACGAUUUUAUGUGCGCACGUGUGUAUGUAUGCGUUAUGUUAUAAAUAU